GUAACGCUACCCUCCUCAAUGGGGAAAUUGCCCCCAGAAGAAAGCCGACAAAAGGGCUUGCUGAGGAGCUACUGAGCCGACUCGCUGGAUGCAAUAGUUCCUGCUUGUCCGAGGUAGAUCAUAUAACUACUACUAUGUAAGUCCUUAGCAGCCCGGCCUAGACACCACCCGUCGGAGCGGGGAUGUGCGACGAUCGCUGAAGCUGCCAAGCUGAUAGAUGCUCUUUGGAUCGGUGGAAAAAGGGCACAAUGCAGCUACGCCCCAAAGUACGGACACCGAGCUGGUGUGCUCGGAUGAUUCUUGCCAGCUCCUGGAUGAAGAUCCCCGUCGCCUAUUGCCGGAGAUGCGGUGGGGAGGGUCUGGGUUCGGUUCGUUUACUGACGGCUGAUGAUAUCAGGGCUGGAGGGCCAAUGCUGUUAGGUAACCUUGACGAGACGUCGUCGUCCCGCGCUGGGAUUCAGACGCUGGCCAGAAUUAGCCCGAGCACCCGAGGUAGCAAGAGAACGCGAUGCCUGAACCACCCGACACGCAUUCGGUUAUCCAUGAAGGAGCAAUAGACGAUGAGGAUGGGAUAGGUGUAAGAGAGUCAUCGUGUG